GAAGCCGAGCUUGUCUGGAUCCACCAUGGCCUGGGCACCUCUGCUCCUCUCACUGCUCACCUACUGCUCAGGUUCGCUCGCCCAGUACGUGCUGACCCAGCCGCCUGCAGUGUCUGUGUCUCCAGGGCAACAUGCUCAACUCACCUGCACAGGAGAAAAGAUUGACAAAUACUAUGUGCACUGGUACCAACAGAAACCUGGCCGUGCCCCCGUACUCGUCAUAUACAAGGACAGUGAGAGACCCUCCGGAAUCCCCGAUCGAUUCUCUGGGACCAGCUCCGGUAACACGGCCACGUUAACCAUCACUGGAGUCCAGGCGCAGGACGAGGCUGAUUAUUACUGUGAGCAGUGGGACAAUGACAGCAGCUCUGCUCACAGUGACACAGUCAGGCGGGGAAGUUCUCUCGCCCAGUACGUGCUGACUCAGCCGCCUUCAGUCUCUGUGUCUCCAGGGCAAAAAGCUCAACUCACCUGUUCCGGAAGCAACAUUGGUAGCAAGAGUGUGCACUGGUACCAACAGAAACCUGGCAGCGCCCCCCUACUCGUUAUAUAUGGUGAUAGCAGCAGACCCUCCGGAAUCCCCGAUCGAUUCUCUGGCGCCAACUCCGGUAACACGGCCACGUUAACCGUCACUGGAGUCCAGGCGCAGGACGAGGCUGAUUAUUACUGUCAGCCUCCGGAUAUCCUACACAACAGCCCACCCGCGAGCCAGGCCGAGGCCUGUGACAAGCCCCUGCGUGGCACCAGCAGGAAGGAGAAGAGCCUCAGUCUCUGA